AUGAUUUUGAACCAUGAUCGUGCCUCCACCUUCUGCAGUGGCGCAGCAUUUUUCGGUUUUCUGGGUGGAGAUGGUGGACGACGUCGACGAGAUGUCACCUUUGUUAAAACACGAUCUAUCGUUGUACGUGAGCCAGCAGCUCUAGAUAUUUUAUGGGGAGGGCUAGCUGAGCAGGAUAGAGAGUCUCGAUUUCGGUAUCUGUUUGCGUAUCGCGGUUUUACAGCGUUAGCGCUCGUUGUUCGAUUGGCUAAAGCAACACACAAAACCAAACAGAUUCCACAGUUGGGGCAAAGGAUGGGGUAGUGGAGUAGGUAGCUUAGAUGUCCACU